GGGGGGUGGUGGCUUCAGAUGGGGAAAUUGGGGAGGAAGAAGAGGGACUUAAGGGGCACCAUCAACAGACUCCCCCCCCUCAAGGGAGUGUCCCCUUUUUGUCUGAGGGAGGGUAGAGUUGUCAGGAAGGUUAAGGGUGAGAAAUAUGACAGAGAAGUAGAGAGACAGUGUGAAAUGUGGUCAGUUUAACCACCUCUGAAGUUAGGUGAACAACAGGGGAGAGGCAAAGGGGUGGCUCACAGGAGAGGGGAGAGUGUGCGUGCAGUAGUGAUGGAGGGGAUGGGGUGGGGUUGGUUAAAGGCGCAGCUGCUGUCAAAAAAGCAAUCAGAAUGUUGGGAAUCGUUAGGAAAGGGAUCUCACAAAAGUGGGUGACGGGGCAACAAAAUGGCAGAUAAAAUUUAAUGUUGACAAAUUCAAAGUAGUGCACAUUGGAAAGCAUAAUCCCAACUAUACAUAUAAAAUGAUGGGGUCUAAAUUAGCUGUUAACACUCAAGAGAGAGAUCUUGGCGUCAUUGUGGAUGGUUCUCUGAAAACAUCCACUCAGUGUGCAGCGGCAGUCAACAAAGCGAACAGAAUGUUGAGAAUCAUUAAGAAAGGGAUAGAUAAUAAGACAGAAAAUAAGACAUAAUGCCUCUCUAUAAAUCCAUGGUACGCCCACAUCUUGAAUACUGUGUGCAGAUAUGGUCGCCCCAUCGCAAAAAAGAUAUAAUGGAAUUGGAAAAGGUUCAGAAAAGGCAACAAAAAAUUAUUAGGGGUGUGGAACAGCUUCCAUACAAGGAGAGACUAAUGAGACUGGGACUUUUCAGCUUGGAAAAGAGACAGCUAAGGGGGGAUAUGAUAGAGGUCUAUAAAAUCAUGACUGGUGCAGAGAAAGUAAAUAAGGAAUUGUUAUUUGCUCCUUCUCAUAAUACAAGAACUAGGGGUCACCAAGUAAAAUUAAUAGGCAGAAGGUUUAAAACAAAAGGAAGUAUUUCUUCACACAAUGCACAGUCAACCUGUGGAACUCUUUGCCAGGGGAUGUUGUGAAGGUCAAGACUAUAACAGGGUUCAAAAAAGAACUAGAUCAGGUAGUGGAGGAUUGAUCCCAUCAAUGGCUAUUAGCCAGGAUGGGCAGGGAUGGUGUCCCUAGCCUCUGUUUGCCAGAAGUUGGGAAUGAGCGACAGGGGAUGGAUCACUUAACUUAUCUGUUCUGUUCAUUCCCUCUGGGGCACCUUGCCAUGGCCACGGUUGGAAGACAGGAUACUGGGCUAGAUGGACCUUUGGUAUGACCUUGUAUGGCCGUUCAUAUGUUCUUAUUCUUCAUUUACAAAUAUAACCCCACUGCCAACCUCUCUAGGAGAAGCAGUGGCGUCCUCUCAAAUUUUGCUUUGAUAGAUAAACCUUCCUGGUUGUGAAGUGCCAGUAGGGAAGUGUUUGCUCUAUCAUGCACAUCAGGAGUAAAAGGAUUUGGACAGUGUUACUUUCUUCCUACCUUGUAAAAAUGUUACUCACCCAUCCCCACUGAAAUGAUCUGCACAGAUCACUUGGGAGGAUGGGGGCAUUCAGUGGUUAUUCCUUAUCAAGGGCACAUCAGAGUAGAAGGAUCCUGAAUGUUCAGCUGUUAAAGGAAUAUUUCUGCUGCCAGAUAGUCUGUAUUUCUUUUUUUAAAUCUUUAUCACUCACAUCACUUCAUAAUAGCUUCAAAAAUCAUGUUUGACUGGGGAGAAAGAGCCUAUCAAAUUUCAGACUCUCAUGCUUCAGAAAAGUCUGUGUUUCUCUAAAUAAUAUUUCUGUUGGACACACCCAUGCUUUCAUAACUUCCUGGAAAAUAGCAAUGUUUCAUUGGAGAGACCAGGCCUGUCAGAUUUUAUCCCCCAAAAUAUAAAUUUUAGACCAUAAUGUGCAUACUUUCCCUUUCUCAUCAGCAUUUUAUUUAUUAGUGUCACUAACUAGUGGCAGAGGGAUGUAACUAGAGCUUUAUCAGGUACAUAGUUGUGACCAAAUCCUGCCUGACAGUUGCUGUACUAUAAUUCAGACAAGGCAUUAGGUUGGACAUUAGGAAAAAACUUCCUAACUGUCAAGGUGGUUAAGCACUGGAAUAAAUUGUCUAGGGAGGUUGUGGAAUCUCCAUCAUUGGAGAAUUUUUUUGAGAGCAGGUUGGACAAACACCUGUCAGGGAUGGUCUAGAUAAUACAUAGUCCUGCCACGAGUGCAGGGGACUGAACUAGAUGAGCAAGGUCCUUUCCAGUUCUAUGAUUCUAUGUACCCACAAUUUUUAAAGGUUACCCAAAAAAACAGUUGGGUUCGUGACCAAUUUCCCCCCCUUGUGCUCAAUGAAAAAGGAUCUGAAAGAGACUUUGGUUUUCUUCUUUUUUUUUAAAUAUUAGAAGUACACAAGUAUUCUAAUAUUUUCUAAAAGACUCUAUGGACAACUGAAGAACUAUUAGGUUUACAAAAUUUAGGGAACAGAGCAAAGGAAACAUGAUUUUAUCCCAGGAUUUUUUUUUUAAAGUAUCAGUCACUGUAGUUAGAGCUGUGUGAAACUGGAAUUUCAGGGAAAAUUCUGUGAUUUUUAAAUUUGUUCCAGAUCAGAAAGAAAUGUAAAAAUUUGGUAUUUCCCGUGACUGGACACAAUAUUCCAGUUGAGGCCUAAUCAGCAUGGAGUAGAGCGGAAGAAGUAUUUCUCGUGUUUUGCUUUCAACACUCAUGCGAAUACAUAUCAGAAUGAUGUUUGGUUUUUUUGCAACAGUGUUACAUCGUUGACUCAUAUUUAGCUUGUGGUCCACUAUGACCCCCAGAUCCCUUUCCACAGUACUCCUUCCUUGGCAGUCAUUUCCCAUUUUGAAUGUGUGCAAGUGAUUGUUCCUUCCUAAGUGGAGUACUUUGCAUUUGUCCUUAUUGAAUGUCAUCCUAUUUACUUCAGACCAUUUCUCCAGUUUGUCCAGAUCAUUUUGAAUUUUAAUCUUAGCCUCCAAAGAACUUGCAACUCCUCCCAGCUUGGUAUCGUCCACAAACUUUAUAAGUGUGCUCUCUAUGCCAGGGGUGGCCAACCUGAGCCUGAGAAGGAGCCAGAAUUUACCAAUGUACAUUGCCAAGUACAUUCGGCCAAGCCACAGUAAUUUGUCAGCAGCCCCCAUCAGCUCCCCCACCCCUGCUCCCCGCGCCUCCCACCCACCGGCAGCCCCGCCGAUUGGCACCUCCCCCUCCCUCUGUGCACCUCCCGAACAGCAUGCAGGAGGCUCUGGGGGCGUAGGGGGAAGGAGUGAGGGUACGGAAGGCUCAGGGGAGGGGGUGGGAAGGGGUGGAGUGGGGGCAGGGCCGGUGGCAGAGCCAGAGGUUGAGCAGUGAGCACCUCCCGGCACAUUGGAAAGUUGGCACCUGUAGCUCCAGCCCUGGAGUCAGUGUCUAUACAAGGAGCCGCAUAUUAACUUCUGAAGAGCUUCAUGUGGCUCUGGAGCCACAGAUUGGCCACCUCUGCUCUAUGCCAUUAUCUAAAUCAUUGAUGAAGAUAUUAAAGACAACUGUACCCAGAUAUGAUCCCUGUGGGACCCUACUUGAUAUGCUCUUCCAACUUGACUGUGAACCACUGAUAACUACUCUGUGGUGAUGGUUUUCCAAACAGUUAUGCAGUCACCUUAUAGUAGCUCCAUCUCGGUUGUAUUUCCCUAGUUUGUUUAUGAAAAGGUCAUGCAAGACAGUAUCAAAAGCCGUAUUACAGUCAAGAUAUACCACAUCUACUGCUUUCCGCCAUUCACAAGGCUUAUUACCUGGUCAAAGAAAGCUAUUAGGUUGGUUCUUGACAAAUCCAUGCUGACCGUUACUUAUCACCUUAUUAUCUUCUAGGUGUUUGCACAGUGAUUGCUUAAUUAUUUGCUCCAUUAUUUUUCUGGAUACUGAAGUUAAGCUGACUGGUCUGUAAUUCCCCAGGUUGUCCUUAUUUCCCUUUUUAUAGAUUGGCACUAUAAUUGCCCUUUUCCAGUCCUCUGGAAUCUCUCCUGUCUUCCAUGACUUUUCAAAGAUAAUUGCUAAUGGCUCAGAUAUCUCCUCAGUCAGCUCCUUGAGUAUUCUAGGAUGUAUUUAAUCAGGCCAUGGUGACUUGAGGACAUCUAACUCUUCUAAGUAAUUUUUAACUUGUUCUUUCCAUAUUUUAGCCUCUGAUCCUACGUCAUUUUCACUGGCAUUCACUAUGUUUGACGUCCAGUCGCUACUAACCUUCUUGGUGAAAACCGAAACAAAGAAGUCAUUGAGCACCUCUGCCAUUUCCACAUUUUCUGUUAUUGUCUUUCUCCCCUCAUUGAGUAACCGGCCUACUCUGUCCUUCAUCUUCCUCUUGCUUCUAAUGUAUUUGUAGAAUAUUUUCUUGUCAUCCUUUGUCUCUAGCUAGUUUAAUCUCGUUUUGUGCCUUAGUCUUCCUAAUUUUGUCCUUACAUGCUUGUGUUAUUUGUUUAUAUUCAUGCUUUGUAAUUUGACCUAGUUUCCACUUUUUGUAGAACUCUUUUUUGAGUUUCAGAUCAUUCAAGAUCUCCUGGUGAAGCCAGGGUGGUCUCUUGCCAUACUUCCUAUCUGUCCUACGCAUAUGAGUAUCUGAAUAUCCACAGGGCUUAAAUAGACACAGACUCCUUGUGUCCCCUGCCUUGGGCUGGUUCCCUCUCCUGAGGUUCUCUGGUUCCCUCCCCUGAGGUUCUCUGUAUUGCAGUCAAGAUAUACCACAUCUACUGAGGUUCUCUGGCCUUCUGCAGUGUUGUGACAAGUGGCUUAUUAUCUGCUGUCUGCCCAAGUAAUCAAUGCCCCAUGUUUGGGGAUCCCUAAGUUUAUUCCAGGAGACACACAGCAUGUUUCCCUCCAGUCACUAGGCUUUCCCAUGGGUUCUUCAUGAACAUUUCCCCAUCUUUGAGGAUGAAAUGUCCCUCCUGGAAAGAAAGAGGCUGGAUGGGACUGGGUGGGAUGUUCUCUCUGGGAAAUGGUUAAUGGAGCUAUAACAAACUCUGAUAAUCACCCCUUUCCAUCCUAUGAGCAGGACCCUCCCCCUGCCCCCUCCCCGCCCCCGACCACCUCACCAGACCUUAUUUCCCACAUGGACCAAGGGGAAGAACCCAGUGCCCCAGACCCUCAAGAUUCUUCAGAAAAGGAGACACUGAGCGACUCCCACAUAGCACACGGAAUGUCUCAUGUCUGGAUUCAGAAGGGAGCUGAUGGGUUCAGCAGGGAGAAUGAAGAUGAGAGACCUCAGCAGGAAAGUCCCGAGCAAAUGGACCUGCGUGGGAUGUUAUCAGGAAGCACCAAAGGGGAAGUUUCCCAGAAUCGUGAAAAGGAAAAAGCCAGUGCAAGUCAGUCUUAUAAAUGCCCCGACUGUGGGAAAAGCUUCCACUGGAGCUCACGCCUUGCCAUUCAUCGGCGAAUCCACACAGGAGAGAAGCCACAUAAGUGUGCUGACUGUGGGAAAGGCUUCAAUUGGAGGGCACAGCUUAUCACACACUGGAGAUGCCACACGGGAGAGAAACCCUUUACAUGUGAGAACUGUGGGAAAAGCUUCAUGCGGAGCUCCAUCCUUACUGAACACAAGAGAAUACACACGGGAGAGACACCUUACAAAUGUGACUAUUGCGGGGAAAGAUUUGCCUGGAGCUCAGCCCUCUCUGUACACAGGAGAAUCCAUGUGGAAGGGGAACCCUAUCGAUGUAAAGAUUGUGGGAAAAGCUUCUGCGUGAGCUCGGAUCUUAAUAAACAUAGAAGAGUGCACACGGGAGAGAGACCCUAUAAAUGCCCUGACUGUGGGAAGAGCUUCAGAGUGAGCUCAAACCUCACGGCACAUCGGAGGAUCCACACCGGAGAGAGACCCUAUAAAUGCCCCGAAUGUGAGCAAAGCUUCCGGCAGAGCUCCACCCUUCUUAAACAUCAGAGACUACACUUGCAAGAGAGGCCGUAUAAAUGCCCUGAGUGCGGGCAAAGCUUCUGUGUCAGCUCAGCCCUGACUGUUCAUCAGAGGAUCCACACGGGAGAGAGACCUUACAGAUGCAAAGGCUGUGGGAAAAGCUUCAGUAACAGCUCAUCCCUUGUCACCCACCAGAGGAUCCACACGGGAGAGAAACCCUAUAAAUGCCCCGACUGCGGGAAGAGUUUCAGCCAGCGCUCGGCCCUGUCUGCGCACAGGAGCAUCCACAGAGGAGAGAGACCCUAUAAAUGUGACUGUGGGGAAAGUUUCAUUGUGAGUGCUGACCUUCUCAAGCAUCAGAGAAUCCACACGGGAGAGAAACUCUACAAUUGCAAAGACUGUGGGAAAAGCUUCUCUCGGAGCACCAACCUUGCUGCCCACAGGCGGAUCCACAGGGGAGAGAAACCUUAUAAAUGCCCUGACUGUGGGAAAAGCUUCUCUAGUAGCUCAACCCUUAUUACGCAUCAGAGACUGCACACAGGAGAGAGACCCUAUCACUGCUCUGAUUGCGGGAGAAGGUUCAGUCAGAGCUCAGCCCUUACUAAGCAUCGGAGAAUCCACACAGGAGAAAGACCCUAUAACUGUUCUGACUGUGGGAAAAGCUUCACCAACAGCUCCCAUCUUAUUAGACAUCAGACAACCCACACUGGAGAGAGUCCCUAUAAAUGCCCGGAAUGUGGGAAAAGAUUCAGGCAGAGCUCGGCCCUUCUGAAACAUCGGAGACUCCACAUGGGAAACACUGUAAAUGUCGACUUUACAGAGAAUGCUCAGACCACCAGUGAAGCCAGGUGGGAUGGGAAUCCAUGAUGGACCUUGAUUGGAACUCUGCAGCAUUAAAAAAAAUUGCAGUAAACCUCACUCGAGCAUUGUGGGGGAGAGGUCUGUCUGUGUGGGGGAAGCACCGGAGGGGGGAUGAUGCUGGGAGCUUUGGGAAUGGGGCUGCAGGAAGCAGAGGGAGGCUUUGAGGCGGGUGAAUCAGUUGUUUGGUGUUUGUGGGGAGAGAGCUGGGAGCCGGGGUGUGGGGUAGUUCGUACAGUCUGUAAUUCCCUGAGUUACCCAAGCUCCUUGCGGCAACGUCUGGCAGGAGUGGAGGUGUCGGGCAAUAUGGGCUUUAGAAUUCUUUCUAGUCUGUACCGGUCAGUUCUGUGGCUCACUAGGGCCAGAGACUGGAUUUCCCCUCUGCAGGGAGCUGAGAUGCUGAGUCAGGGUACGAGGGCUAAGAAGCAAACACAGAUCUGGACCUGAUCCUUUCAGGUGUGACCAGACCCGUCCCUAUGGGGGAGCCUAAGAGCCCAUUCAGCAUUGCCCGUCCAUCACACAGUCUCCUGACUCCUGCAAUGACCAGAGACCCCUCAACUCCCCCUGUGCUGCCCCUUAUGCCCGGUACUCCUGGGCCCCCCCUCUGCGUAUUCAGAACCCUCCUCGCAUCCCACUCCUUCUUAGUAUCCCCCAAAUCCCACUUGGCUCUGACAGAGACUCCAGGCCCCUCACCAUGGGACCCCUAGCAGUAAGUCACAUGUGACAAGGGACAAGGCGGAAACUCUGAAUCAGAACCACAUGGGCCCUCCAGACCCAUCCUAGUGAGCAGGGCAAAUACCGGGGAGAAGGGUGGGGGGCAGAGGAGGAGAAUGGCAGGAAGGGCAAGAGUGGGGAAGGUCCCAGCACUAAGAGCAGAGGGAGAAGGUGAAGCUAAAAAUCUAUCUGGUCACCCCCUUUCCCCCUUCUACUGCAGUGCUCUGUAUGGGGACAAUAGAAACUCUGCCUGCCCCACUCACUUCCCCCCCCCCGCCCCAGGUUGUCCCCAGGGGAAUAAAAGCCUCCGCUGGGAUUGGAAACACUGACCCUGCUGUAAAUUUACCUCCUUCUGUAGUUCCCAUGAAUCUGAGCCCCCUUGACUUCCUGCGUUUGCUUUGGUGACCUGACCCCAACGUGACACCGGAGUCUCUCCAGACUCCUUUUCUGGAAUAAGGAGUAAAAAAAUGGGCUUUAAGGGAGUUGGAGACCUCCUGAGAAGUCUCUUUGAGGCUUCAUUUCCCCAAGCCUGGGCUGUCAUGUUCUGCAGAUGCUGCUGACUUCACUUGGCUCUGUAACUGCCCAGCACUUUCUGAAAAUGAGGCUGAAGGUGUUUCCAGCUGGGGAUCUCCAGCGCCACCUUCUAACAAACUGGCCAAGGGACCUCUCAGAGGGGAGAGAACAUUGGCCUUGUCUGAAGGCUGGAAUGAUGGGCUCCUGCUGCACAUCAGAGACCAGUGGAAGAGACCUUGCCCCUGAUCUGGGUGCUGGAAAAGACUCAGUCCUUGGGCAGCUCUUACAACUCAGCUGAGACUUCACAGGAGUAGAUGGGUUUGUCCCUGGGGCAGCAGUAGCCCUGAGUAGGGCAGGGUCAAGCCAGCUGCUGGAAUCAGGGGAGGCACCAGGGGUGCAACAGUCUUGAGGAAAGGGGACAGAGACACUUGUCUCCCCAGGAAACAGCAGCUUGAGCUUUCUUGAAGAGGGGUUCCUGCACCCUAGGCUCUGCACUUGGGCAGUUGGUUGGCUGGGGAUGGAGCUUGUGGUUAGAUGUUCGGCUGCCUGUGUGUGUUGUUCCUGUGUGCUGCCCCAGCUCUGCGCAGACAGCCGGCAUAGCAGACCUUGAGUAAACCACCCACUGACCACAAGAUCUGUUAAGGGACGAAGUUACCAGGCCAGGUUUAUUGUCGAUAAAGCACGGUACUAGUAUCCCGCAGACUCUACCGGACCACUAAUACAUGUAUGCCCAUAACAAUGGACUAGCUCAGUGAAUGGGGGGACUUUCCAUUCCUCCCUAGCCCAGACAAAGAUAGUCCCUCUGAGAUGCAUCUUUAUACCCCGAUACAAACAAGUUAGUACUCCCUCUGACAAUUAGUUACUACCCCCUGACAUGGGAAGUUAUUACCCAUCACCUUGUACAGGUUGGUUCAAUCAAAACAUCUCUAUUACAUACUGUCAUCCUGACCUUAUCUUUUAAGAGGGGUCAGCGUGUUCCUGUUAUCCUUGGGGAAUGUUUUUGUACCAUAUUUGAUAUUGGGAUAUUCUGGUACCACUUGAUAUCGGGAUGUGUUUGCGUAAGCACUCUGUAACUAGCACUUCUUAGGAAUGUGUAUUUCUGCAAUAUCAGCCCUGUUCUUGCCAGAUUCUGUGAGCAGGGCCCACCUCAUACCAGGCCUCUGAUACAAAGGCUUAUGUCUCAGGCUUUCUUCCUACUACAUUGCUGAGCUGGGUGAGGUGGAUAUGAAAGGGGAAUUUACAGGUGAGUUAGGGUGCAUGCCCAUUUGCACCAGCUGAGGAAAGGCCCAUGGUUUGCAGAAACAAAUCAGGUGGGCUAAAUGCCAGGAUAUGAUGCCAUUUGUCUCUUAAAGAUUCUUACUAUGACUAGGACACUCUGUCUUAAAGCACCAAGAGAACACAGAGUUAUGAUCAAUAAGCAAUUUAUUAUGGAAGAAAAAACAGAUCAAAUCAGCCACUAAAUAGUGUGUUUACUUUGGUUAUAGUCUCCUCUGUGGUGUCUCCCUUGGGGAGAAUUUCAGCAGAGAAUGCACCAUCUGUGACAGUGAGACUGGCUUUUUAAAGGGGGCGCUUUUCUCUAGCAGAGCUGAAACAGGAGACAGCAAUUCCCAAAUCAAUAGGUGGAUCCUGUCCAGUUAGCAGAGAGGAUCCAGAUACUUUAUUGCUGGCAAAGGAAAGUUUGUUGAGAGCGAGUCUCACUAAAUGUAUAACUUCUUCUGUUAGCCAUCUUUCAGGGCUCUUUGUUCAAAGGUCCCAAUGCUGCAAACACCUGAGUGCAAGUUAGUUAAAUCAAAGGGGCAAGUUACGCAGGUAAAGUUAAGCGGAUACGUGUAACCCUUCUGCCAGGUGGAGUUGGCAGCAACAAGGGCCGCGUUGAAUAUCUAGGGGUUCCUUUUAAAAAAUACAACACAAAACUGGCUCCAGCCCCUGCCCAGUAACCUGGGACAAUUAAAUACCAUCCCUGGGCAUCUCUAAGAGGCAAUACUUCUGCUCUCACAAGCACUGAGUCUGUGUGUAGAAAAGAAAUUUUUAAUAAAAGUAGGGAUUCUCCCUGGCAUUAAUUUGGGAAAAUGCUGCAAUCAGGAUUCAUAAACAAAACCAUGAGCCAAACCCACCCCAGAGUAUGUCAGCAACCAAUUCCAGCAACCAAAAGUUCCUUUGACAUGCCCCUCCCUUCUCCCUCCAGGGCACGCCACUCACAGUGGUUGUCCUUGGUCAGGGAAGACCCAGAGUUCAGAGAUGCAUCUGCAUGAGUUCACCUCUCACCCUGGCAGGGCGGCCGGCUGAGUGGAGUGGUGGGCGGCUGGUGGAACAGAGCAAGCACCUAGACAGCAGAAUGAGCAAGGUGCCCCCACCCCCCGACCACCACCUCGACAGCACCAAGGAAAGAUUCAGCUACAUGCUCAGCAGAUGUAGAAUGAUGGUUGAAUGUGUUUUUGGUAGACUGAAAGGGCACUGACUUUGUUUAAUCACGAGAUGGGACCUCUGGGAGAAAAAUAUCCCAAUGGUUAGUUGCCAACUGUAUCCUGCAUAAUUUUUGUGAAGCAAAGGGGGAAAAGUUGCGGCAGGGGUAGAAGUGGAGUGACCAUCUGCAGCGUUUGAACAGCCAGACACAAAGGCUAUCAGAACAUCUCAACACAGAGCUGUACAGCUCAGGAAGGCUUUGAAAGAGUGCUUUAAUAAUGAGCCACAGUAAUGUGUUGUGGUGUACUGUGCUCUACCUGGUCCUUCUGUUUUGGGGCCAGUUAGGCAUUGUGUAGUGCUUGGUUUACAUCUAUGAAUAUAACACUGACAAUGCAAUUCUGUGAUGCUUGCUGUAGCUCUGUGAUACACUGUGUUUGUUGCUGAUAUUAUGAGUUGUGUCGCAGUGUACGACAACAUAUAAGUGGGUGCUUUCACUACUGUCAGGCAAUGUGCAACAUAUGUUGGGGACUAAUAAAGAUGGAUUGUUUUCCAAA